AUGUUUACACUAAUCUCAUCUCCGACUUUUAAACACUAGAGACCAGGACCAUUAGUGCAGAAGGAAACAAGCCCGAUUUCCUAAUUAUAUGGGCAUGUGACCAGCAUUUGUGCGUAAUUAGUUAAAUAUUUUACAUAGUAAUAGUUUAUUUGCAAAAUUUUUGCAACAAAUAAUACACAAUGGAUACAAAAGUUGCGGAAAAUGAGAAUAACAACAGGAAUCCACUCAUAGGUUUGAAUGGGAUGGCUUUGGAAACAAGUGCAGAAAAGAGGACUCGUCGGUACUCUUUGUGGAUCAUGUACUUGACCACAUUUCUUCAAGCGAUGGCAGGGUCAAUCGUGAUUACAGGGAUGUGGCCCUACUUACAAAAGUUGGACUCGACCACGAGUAAAGAGUGGUUCGGAUGGGUGGUAGCAGCAAACCCACUUGGCCAAUUGAUUUCCUCUCCACUAAUUGGAUGGGUCUGCAAUAGACUUGGGGCCACAAGGGGACCUUCGAUAUUUUGCCUAGUCGUCUUUAUUUGCGCCAACUGCUGGUACGCAGUCCUACCCUUGCACCAGGAUGGCUCAAAGUGGUUCAUUCUCGUCGCCCGAUUCCUGGUGGGGGUUAGCUCAGGCAGCAUUACGGCCUGCAGGACGUUUGUGACUCAGGGGACACUCGUGGCAGAACGAACUGCUUCUAUUUCUCAUCUGUCGCUGUCCCAAGCGUUGGGAUUUGUUCUAGGACCGGCUGGUCAACUGGCUCUGAAACCACUGGGGGAGGAGGGCUUCUUCAUUGGGGGACUGCCCGUGAACAUGUACACUGGUGUGGGCUGGAUGACGACCACCUUGGGACUAGUAAACUUGAUAUUUUUCCAUCCGAAAUUUUUUCAUGAAAGCGACAUUGCUAUUAGAGAGGCUCAAGGGAAGGCCAAAAUUUCAGAACGAGAUGGCAAAACUUCCGUAACUUACAACAUGGCCAAUUCGAACGUGGCCACGCACAAGCCAGACUACUUGGGAAUCAUGGUCAUUGUUUUUACCUUUUUUAUCGUCUUCUUCGAGUUUGUCCUGCUCGAAACGUUGGGGACGCCAGUCUCUAUGGACCAAUUCGGAUGGAGUGCUGAACGAACGAUCGUCAUCGUUGGAACUGCCAUGAUUAUCUCCUCCAUUGUUUCCACCUCUCUAUUCUUUCUUAUUCCCAUUGGUGCCAAAUAUUUUGAUGAACGGGUUCUCCUCAUCGGCUUUGGGGUCGUUCCUUACACGCUGGGUAGAAUAUUUUUCUUCCCAUACUCAAGCGAGGUGGCCCCAAUGAGACGAUUGGGAUGUCUUCACUCGAACGGGACAGAACUUGUGGGGCUCAACGAGGAACAAUGUAAUGCGAAUGAUGACGUUCACUGGAAAGUUGUCCAACAUGGGUGCCCAGAAGCCCAGACUUGGUGUUUCGAACUGCCAGCCCUCACCCCCGUCACGGUGGCGAUAGGAUACGCCAUUUGCACUCUGGGAUUCCCAUGCUGCAUGGUGCUGUGUCAGACCAUAUUUUCCAAAAUGUUGGGACCACGGCCACAGGGCGUAUGGAUGGGGGCCUUGACAUCGAUCAGCUCCCUGGCCAGAGUGGUAGGACCAAUUUUUGUGACCUACAUUUACACUGAAUAUGGAACCAUUGCAACUUCCGGAACAGCCGUAGGUCUCAUGGUUUUGGUGUUGGUGAUACUGCUUUUAAUAUAUAAAAGGCUGGUGCCCCUAGGAAAACGAAAGUCCUAGAGUUUAAAAAGAUUUUCAAAUUUUUAUGAAAUUGAGUAAAUAAAAAUAGCGUACAAUUUCAUAAUACAAGAAA